AUGGCUGGUUCGUUGCGCGAGGGCUCCAAAGCCUCAAUCGACCGUCAGACCACAGUGCCGUUCCACCUGAAGCUCUUCUACGGUACCAACAACUAUCACCACCUCUCCGACUACAGCAUCUCCGGUCCUCCGCGUCGCGGUGGGCCCGUCAGCGGGCCAAAUGCCAUCCGCGGACGUUCGCCUCCCCCAGCUUCUGCACGACUUCCUCCGCAUCUUGAGAUCUACACUUGGCAGUCCUGCACGCUACGGGAGCUGUCGCAGCUUCUCACCUCGGCGCUUCCCUCGUUACUUCCGGAUCCUCCCGUCGGCACUCGCCUCUGUUUCCGUUUGAUCUAUCCUGAUGCGCGCGGCGCUGCGAUUGGGGGCUCCGAUAUGCCUGGGCGAUACGUGAGCAGGGAUUUGGGCAGCGUCAUCGUCGGCCCCAGGGAUAACUCAUACCGUGAGAACGAGAGUGCGGAUACCCAUGGCGAUUCCCGAUCUCGUCAGGGUCCCCUUCGAUUCCAAGGCUCAGAGGCCGACACAGCUCUCCAGGACAUUCGGUUCAUUAUUGGUGACUACGUGGAAUGCGCCAUUGUCGCACCUCAUGAAGACGGAUCGGUUGCGCCGGCUCUCCGCGGCAGCUCAGGCGCGCCCGCCGGAGGUGGCAUGCGCGCAUUCCGAGACAAUGGAUUUGGAGGACGUCCCGGCCGUGGCGGAGAUCGUGGAGGCCCGCCUCCUCUGCCCCCGGGCGAUUGGAAGCGCGGUGAAAGACUUCCUGAGACAGGAGGUCGCGGAGGUCGACGGGGACGGGCCCCGUAUUAA